ACCCGAAUUUUCUGCUCUGUUUUUUUUUUUUUUUGGGGUCAAUUUUCUACCCUAGUGACACGAUGCGAAACCGUGAGAUUUACCAAUUCCAGCAAGCGAUCGUCAUGAAGAUAGACCUGCGUUACCUCUAUCCAAUGCAUGAAGGUUGAAACAAGAAGCAUUCAUUUCUGCAUUUCUUAGAUUGAUUCAGCCAUCAUUCUCAACAAAUAUCUCCAAUCAUCCAUCAAGCGUCAUGCCACUCUCGCGCUGUCGCAGCCAAUUACCGGUACCACCGCCGUCUCCGGUGCCGACGGCGAAAGGAUCACGCAACGCCGCGAACGAACCCUUGAGGCAUUACCUGGACAACACACCACAGGACCUUCCCGAACUGACGCUGCCGGACGCACACAUGCCGGCGGCGAUGAGAAAUCCGGCGCUGCCGGCUGUGAUCGAUUACCAGAAGCUAAAAGGAGGGACGAUGGACCCGGUGUUGAGGUCGUCAGCGAAGGCAUUCGGAGCGUUCGGGAUCUGCGGUCAUGGGAUUUCGGAGCAGGAUUUGAGAAUAAUGAUGAAUGAAGGUCAUCGCCUUUUCGAAGACUCCGACGCUCACUACCACAACAAGAAGCGUCACCGUCUCAAGGACACGAUCCCCUGCGUUCACUCUCGCAAGGGUACUCUGGAAUUCACAGCUCCCAAAUUCUUCGAUGAUCACAAACAUCGCAAAUUUUGGAUACAAAUAGGGAAUGUGGCAAGUAAACUGGAGGGAAUAGUGGAGGAAGUGAUAAUGGCACUUUCAGAAGAACUGAAGGGGAGGAUAGAAGAGAUGGAGAGCGUGAUUUGCCUGUGUAGGUAUCCCCAUGAUGGUAAUGGGACAGAACAAAACGACACAUUGUGGGAUCAUGCCUUGCGUUUCUACCUUCCCAUGGAACACUGCAUUUUCUACAUCCAAUCACAAAGAGGUCCUCUUUCCUUUGAUGCAGCUCCUCACACUAUUGUCAUCACCCUUGGCAAACAACUUGAGGAAUGGAGCGAGGGAAGAUUGAAAUGUGUUCGUGGGGAAAUGAUAUUCAUGCCAAGCAGAAUGGACAAGAGCAGUGAUGCCUCUUUUUCCAUAGAGCUCAAGUGUUCCUCUUCCAAUCUCAAAUACACUUCUCAGCCCCAUCACUCUACCACCGUCAUCACCUUGCUUGAUCAACUUCUCUUUCUACUUUGCCUCUCAUUUUUAUACAAAUUCUUACACUUCAUUUUUUGACCCUCAUCUUGACUAAUCCCUCCUAUCAUAUUUAUAAGAUAGAAAGAGAUAAAUUUUUGAGUCUUAUUUAUAA